CGCCUCGGCUCUAUACAAACCGCUAAGUUAGGAAAUCCAUUAUCGAUUAUAAAUCGCAACGAGAACCGGAGGUCCAUUCUUACCAGGUCAUCGCGGACCUUCACAGCCUGUUCAUUGAAAAAACAAAGAGAUCUUACGCUUCAAGUUCUUAGAAAAGCAGGAACUGAUCUAUGGCCGAAUCAGGGUUUUUAUCUCAAGGUUUCUGAUGCAUCUCAUGCCACUUAUGUAUCUGUACCAAAAGAAAAUGCCGAUAUGAUUCUUAGUGAUAAUUUGAGGUUAGGUCAGUUCAUUCAUGUUGAGAGAUUGGAAUCUGCAGCUCCUGUUCCUUUACUAAAAGGAAUUAAGCCUUCACCUGGAAGGCAUCCAUGUGUUCAAGGUCCUAAAGAUGUUUUAGCACCGCAGAAUUUAGUGUUUUUCGGGCCUCCAUUGUCAAAUUUAAUACCUAACUCUGGUGAAAAUGAAAAUUCAGCUGAUUUGACAGUUGAUGACAAGGAUGAGAACCUAGGGUUAGGGGUUGAGAUGAGUAAUGAUGAAAUCUCUUGUAGAGUAGAUAGUGCUGGUAAGGUUAUCAAUGAGGGUUCGAAGAAGAAGAUGUUCAUGAAGUCUCGUUCUUUCAGAUCUAGGACUGGUUCGAGUUCUCGAACAGUGAAGAAAUCAUUGAAUUUUCGGUCAAUACCUACAUCUCCUACCAGUUUGCAUUCGUUGGGCUGUGAGGAGAAUGUUAUUAGGAAAAGGAGUUCAUCUGCAGAUUGUUGCAGAGAUGUUGUUCAAGAUGUAAGUUUGUGUGGGCAGAAAAGUUUGAGGAGAACAUGGGAGGAAAUUCUUGAAGCGAAAAGAAAGAUUUGUCCUAAAUCUGUGACGGUGCCUCUUUAUCGUGGUUCUUCUGCCCCUCUAUGUCAAUGGGCUGAAAAUGAAAAGCUCACAACCAAAGAUGCUGAUUCAAUUUGCAUGCGUGUCAAGAAACGAUUGGGAAGUACUAAGGUGGUUUAUAACUCCAAUAAUCAGAGGGUUACUGUUUCAAAGAAAACAUCCACUGAAAGUUUGUUUACCAGUAUUCCGUUAGACAUUGUUAAGGUUAUUGCUAGCAACAAAAUAUGUGCAGAAAGCAGUAUUUCAUGGCCUUCUCUCCCUUCGAAUCUUGUGAAACUUGGGAAGGAGGUUUUGAGGCAGAGAGAUAUAGCAUUACUUGCAGCUGUCGAUGCUUUGCAAGAAGCAUUUGCUGCAGAGAAAAUGAUCAAAUGCUUGAGUGUGUAUGCAGAUCUCCAAUCUUCUGGCAAAGAAGAUACUCCCCAGCCAGCAGUUGAACACUUCUUGAACCUCCAUGAUGACCUCGUUCACAGCCACUCUACCGUUCAAGCUCUAGUGAAAAGAAGUAUAAGAGAACCACCUUCAGGUGAUGAAGAAACUCACUCAAAUUCCUCCAAGGAAACCACAGAGAUUUUAUUAGAGCAAAAGAAGAAGGCAACACUUUGGAUCAAAGCAGCUCUAGCAUCAGAUUUCUCUCUUAAACCCUUAAUGUUAAAGGAAUCUCCUCUCGAUGCCAAGGAUUCCAUCUCUGAGAGGAAAAGAAACUCAAUCCCAUGCUGCGAUAAACCCACCUCUGCUAUUUGUAAGCCAAAGACAGAAGAUGGAAGCAAGAGAACAGGGUCAGAGAAAGAACAAGCAUGGAUCAAGGGGACUGGCCUUUUAGAGGCUGCUAGUUUGGCCAGAUACUUGCGAGUGGAAUGCAAGACCUGGUUCUUGAGGUUUGUCGAGAAAACUUUGGAUGAUCUAGUGAGGCGAAAGCUAUUCGGGGGCUCAGAUGGCGGGUUAUGUGUCAGCUCAAGAGAGUGAAUGACUGGUUGGAUGAGAGUGGGUUCGAGGAGGAUGGCUCACCACAGAGAGAGGCAUGUGGAAGAGUGAGAAAGAAGAUAUAUGAGGCUCUUUUGAACCAUGUAGAGUGCACAUCCAUGGCAAUGGGAAGCUCAAAGACAGUGCCAGAGGUUACGGAGGCAAAGAGUGAGGUGGUGUGAAGGGAGAGAGAGAGAGAUGGACGCAUUGUUUAUUGUUUAAUAUAAAGUCGAGGGUGCCGAGAUACAAAGUUGGUUGCUGACCCAACUAUUUUGUUGUAAAUAAUAUGCUGGAAGCUCUGUAAGGCUUGUUCCCUUCUCUAUUUUUGUUGUUAAUGUUCUUUCAUAAGAAUUAUUGCAAAUUCAAAAUCUGGUAAAGUUGUUCAGAGCCUACUAUUGAUUUGAGACUACGCUCAAUUGUAUCUAUUGUGUAUCCUUUAAAAAUAAAUUCUUACCUACUGAUAAUUCAAGAACAUUAUUCCUGA